AUGGCGAAAACGCUUUACGAAAAGCUGUUCGAGCAGCAUGUGGUUUGUCAGCAGGAGGACGGGCAGUAUCUGCUGUACAUCGACAGGCAUCUCAUCUACGAAUGCACUUCGCCGCAAGCAUUUGAUGGUCUCCGAGCGAAGAAUCGCGCCGUGCGCCGACCAGACCUCAGCCUGGCCACAACCGAUCACACGGUCCCCACAUCGCCCCGAAGCGGCUGCACCAGCACGGCAUCCUACAUCCAAGACGCCGACUCGCUGACGCAAUGCCUGACGCUCUCCCGCAACGCGCGGCACUACCGCAUCGCGCACCUCCCGCUCUCCUCCGCCCGUCAAGGCAUCGUGCACGUCAUCGGGCCCGAACUCGGCUUCACGCAGCCGGGGCUCACGCUCGUCUGCGGCGACAGCCACACCAGCACGCACGGCGCCUUCGGCGCGCUGGCCUUCGGCAUCGGCACGUCCGAAGUCCAGCACGUCCUCGCGACGCAGACGCUUUUGGCCACCAAAUCCCGCACCAUCCGCAUCAACGUCGCGAACAGGCUCCGCCCGCACGUCGCGGCCAAGGACCUCGCCCUCGCCGCCAUCCGCGCCCUCGGCGGCACGGCGGGCGGGACGGGCGCCGCGCUCGAGUUCGCGGGUGAGGGUGUGGCGGCGCUGGAUAUGGAGCAGCGCAUGGCGCUGUGCAACAUGGCCAUCGAGGCCGGCGCGCGGACCGGGCUCGUCGCGCCGGAUGCCACCACGAUUGCCUAUCUGCGGUGGCGCCCGGGGUGUCCGGCGCCCGGCACGGCGGCGUGGCGGGAUGCGUGUCGGUACUGGCGGACGCUGCGGAGCGACGACGAUGCGGUGUUCGACCGCGAGGUGCACGUUGAUGCGGCGGCUGUCGAGCCCAUGGUGACGUGGGGCACGUCGCCCGAGCACGCGGUGCCCGUGAGCGCGGGCGUCGUGCCCAAAGAAGCCGUUGAUGACGGCAGUUCGGCGCGCGCGCUGGAGUACAUGGGACUCGAGCCUGGGAAGCGCCUGACGGACCUUGCUGUUGAUGUUGUGUUCAUCGGGUCCUGCACGAAUUCGCGGCUGUCGGACCUGCGUGCUGCUGCUGGCGUGCUGCGGCGCGCCCGGAGUCAGCCUGCUGUCGUUGCGCCCAAUGUGCGGCGUGCCCUCGUCGUGCCUGGGUCGGGUGCCGUCAAGCGCGCUGCGGAAGCGGAAGGCUUGGAUCAGGUCUUCUUGCGGGCCGGGUUUGAGUGGCGCGAGCCGGGCUGCAGUAUGUGCUGCGGGCUGAAUGGCGACGCGCUGAGGCCUGGCGAGCGCUGUGCCAGCACCAGCAAUCGCAAUUUCGAGAACAGGCAGGGCGCCGGUGGCCGCACGCAUUUGGUCAGUCCGGCCUCGGCGGCGGCGGCUGCGCUUAUGGGCCGGCUGUGUGAUGUGCGCGAGGUUGUUGCUGCCAGUGCUGGAGAGGAGGAGGAAACAGCAAAGCCAGUGAGGGACAUUGCCUUCCAACUUGACUGGGAGUCUCCAUCCAGGUGGGAGGAGCAGGUGGAUGAACCACAGCCUCAAGGGCUGCCCUCGCCACCGAGUAGCGAUGCUGGAGGAGUAAAUACAUUCACCAGCAUCACUGGCACCCCUGCUCCCCUCGAUCGCGCUAAUAUCGACACCGACACCAUCCUCCCCGUCAACUUCUGCAAGACCAUUCAGCGUAGCGGCGCCGGCCUGUUCCACCAGCUCCGCCACCUUCCCGGCACUACCGACGAGGAUCCGGCCUUUGUCCUCAACCAACACCAGUAUCGGUCAGCCACUGUUCUUGUGGCUGGUCCCAACUUUGGCUGCGGCAGCUCUCGUGAGCACGCUGUUUGGGCCCUUCAGGGUUUCGGUUUUCAAUGCAUCGUUGCCCCCAGUUUCGCUGACAUUUUCUACAACAAUGCCUUCAAGAACGGUCUGCUUCCUGUCAAGCUGCCUGACAAGCAUGCUAUGGCACUUGUGUUGGCUGAGGCUAAGCGAGCCAGGCCAAUCACCGUUGAUCUCGUGAGGCAAGAGAUCCGCAAUGAGGGAUGCAAUGUUAUUGCUACAUUCGACGUCGAGAAGCAUAGAAAGCGGAGACUGAUUGAAGGUACGGAUGAUAUUUCAGCUACACUGGAAAUGGAAAAGGACAUUUCCAACUUCGAGAGACAGCGGGCAGAGAAGCUUCCUUGGAUUGACGAAAGUGUGAAGUUUCUACAUGACAUUGAAGGCCGAGCUAAGGAGCUUUGGGCAUUACACGACAAAAGUACAGACACGCUGGACUGGUAA